AUGCGACUCGUUACUCCGGUUGUCAGAAAAACUUACCUGCCAGCCAAACGAGCGUUGCUCCAUUCGUCGCCGUGUACAUGUGAAGCGUGCACCGGCUUUGACAAAAAAGCCGAAAGUACGUUCGUUUUCAGUGCCAGUUGCCGAGGCGGCAGAGUGAUUUGUACAACGGCCGCCGGCCAGCCAGACAAGCCUAUGACGAUUGCCCAUGGCAUCCCUACGGACUACAGCCGAUUAAUGGAAUAG